AGAUUCAACAUAGAAGUCUAUCCUUACAGUUUUUGUGUGAGAUGGCAACGCACUGCUGGUGAUCCUAACAAACGGUCGAGUGAGCAAGAUGCCUUUGAGGAUCUUGCUCUUGAGCUUUUCGUUGGACUUGAUCCGGUUUUUCAGCUUUCUGCGGCUGUGGAUCUCAUACAAUUCAUCGUAAGGUUGGGAAGCGACUAUCCUUCUGCACCGACGGCAGACGUUCUGGAUCAGACUAUUUUUGAUAGGUCAAAGUACUCCUUGCCGAAACUUCGACAUUUCCGUUUUGUCACGAUUGGCCUUGUAGUCAAGGUACUCAGCUCCAGAAAGCUAUACGAUAAGUUGGGACAGCUCGAUGACGCCGAGUUGUAUCAAUCAAUGAUGCCUAUCGGAAAGCGCUUAAUGACAGCUUCAGUGGAACUGGCAGAGUUUGUUGAGAAAGAAAAUGUUGCCGCUGAUCAAGGAAAUGAACCACAAACUGUGCGCUAUUGGGUUGCUCUAUCUUCUCGGGCAGAAACUUGUGCAGAAAAGCUUCGACAUUUAAUGCCUGGUGGAGUAGCCGCAAGAAUUAUAGUGGACAUCUUGGAAGAUAAUAGUACCGAUACACGAAUGCGCGAGAAAGCUCUACAACUUGCGAACUUGAAGUUGAUCCACGAUGGUUUCUUCUUUACUGAAAGUGGUAUCAAUGAGGAGCAUCUGGAAAAGAUGGCGGUUGUACUCAACAAAUGGCUUGUGAAGGAAAGAUCGGACAUAGAGAAAGUAAGGCUUUUUUAUGGGUUCAAAGGCAGUGGUUCGGGAAAAUUGCGAUUGCGGGCUGUACACGGUUACAUGGCCUUCUGGACCAGCUGGGUCCGGUAAUG